CUCCUCGGAGCCUUGGCGAGAAGCGCGUUCCCCGGCUGCCCCGCAGCGCUGCCCCGCGCGGGUCUCUUCCCCUCUUUUUCCUGGAAACCCCUUCUAGGUCCCACCUUCGCUGGGACAACGCACCUCUUGCUUUUUCCUCCAAAGUAUGUUAUAUUAAGUUUCGUGAAGCAUCAAGUGUUGGUGUGGCCCAGCAUCUAACUAACACGGUUUUUAUUGACAGAGCUUUGAUAGUUGUGCCCUGCGCAGAAGAUGACUAGACUGGCCAAGGCAGACCUGUUACACUUGCCUGAGUUAGGCAUUGUUUGCCAUGCCACUAAACCUGCCGCCAAGUGAAACCUUCAUGGGGGAAAUGAGAUCGAAGUCUGGCCUGCUGAAGAUGGACGCCCUGUCUCUGUUUUUAUUUUAUUUUGCUUUCUUUCCUUUGUUUAUUUUAUUUUUAUUUUAUUUUGUCCCUUUUUGUUUUGUUCUGUUAAAUCUCUUUCCCUUGUACUUGUGAACUGGUACUUCAGUUCUGUAAAAACAGUGUUUUGUAAAGGGUUCAUUCACAGUGUUUCAUUUUGAAGUUGACCUGAAGCUGCUUAUGAAUGGUGGAUGGUAUACACAGAAUUUAGAAUAUUAUUCAUUUUUAUGCUGUGAAUUACGGGUAAAUUUUAUUUGGAAUAUGUUUAAGCAUCCAAAUUCAACAGAUGAGCACAUUGUGUCAGAAGGCAGGAAUAGUGGAAAAUGUAUCAGUUUUAGAUACAUUCUUUCAUGUAUUAUGCUUUAUGAGUUUUAUCUUGGGAGAGGACAGGUGAAACUUCUGGAGAAAUGAACUUUACAAAGUAAAGUAAUGAUCUUUUUCUGCUUUUUUUCUCUUAUCAGCACAGUAGUUUUAUUUUAGGUUGCAUGGGCUGUUAGAAGAAAGGCUUGCUAUAUAUGUCUAACAUGAAGAGUUUAAUUGAACUUUCAUGAAUAUUAAAUAUCAUGAAGUACUUGCUUCCUUCUGUUGAAAUCUUGCUCCAGUGAGGCCAGUGGCAGUAAGAUUUCAUCCUUUUGUUUUUGUAAUUUUCAGAAAAAACUGUUUACCACUCAUAAGUACAAAUGCAGCCUGAAGUUUUGGUUAAAAUGUGUUAUGUGAGGCACAUUGUCUUUUAAUACUGUUACUUGUGGGAAGAUUGAACCAGUUCUCUGUGUGUGUAUGUAUGUGUAUUUUACACUUUGACAUGCUACAGUGGUGGUUAUUUCAAAAAGAGGGGUUUUUUUUGUUGUGGUUUAUUAUUAUUUUUUUUUAAUAAUGUCUUUGUGGUCAUCUCACAAUCUCUGGCAAUUCAUGCUGGAGUGAUUGAGAAGGUUCUCAUUCUUAAAAGAUGAUCUUAACUACUUGUGAAACAGAAGCCUUGGAGAAGUGUUGAGCCAGGUGGUGUGCCUAGUUCUCAGGCAUUGUUCUUCCCAGCCAGCUGCUUUGGGACCAGUUAGUUUCACUCUGGUAAUGCACCAGGCAGUGCACUACAGCUGGGAGGAGCUUUGCUUUGUGAUGGUGGUUGGAUUUAGCCAUAGCAGUUGAGGUAAUUGCCAGUAGGUGUAAUCUCUUUAAUGACUGCUCCUAAAUCCAGUAAGAAUCAUUAAUUGGGAUCAGACAAAGUUUUUUGUUUGAAAGUGUGCAUUUUCCAUUGAUUUAACAUAGCAGGAAAAUAGCAGCUUCUUUGUUUAUAUUAAAUGUGAAAUGUAAGUAUUUUUAAAACAAGCAAAUAUACUUAUUGCAGAAACAGUUUUGGCAGGGAGGAUUAACUGUAUGUUUUCAGUACAAAGAGCAGGAAAUUAAUUUCUUCUUAGCACUUGAAGGGGGUUAGAAAUACUGUGAUUAGUACUUGCUUAAUUCAGAUGCUUCUAUUCAGCAUUUAGCAAAAUGGAUUCUGAAUGAACUAGUUUGACUAGGGCUUCUAAGCACUUUGAUGAUAGAAGAAAGUAACAACCAUAACUGAUAUUUAGGACAAGUGUGUAUUUCCUAAGAAGCGUAAGAUGUCUCUAGGCAAUGCAGAGCUGAUCUAGAUAUGCUUCCAUAUUCUUUUACAAAGUGAAGAAUCAAUACAUAAAUUGUCACAGAAUCUGGAAUUUGCUAAACAUGAGCUUCUAAGAAAUCUUUCUAAGCAUGUGGUAUACAUGUGAUGUAUUUGUUUUAUUUGUAUCCCUCCUUAGAAAAGCAGUCUCUACCUUUUUUUCCACUGAGCCUUUAAAUACCAUGAAUUUAAACAAUGAAACAGUUACUCUUAAGCUAGCGUCCUAAUUAGUUGUGUCACAACCCACAUAUUUUAUUGUAGCUUAAAGCCUGUUAUUUGGCAUUACAUAUGGGUCUGUUUUUCCAAAGUAUCUAAGGAACAGGGAAGUAAAUUUGCAAGAUAUUUUAGGUAUUCUUUUUUUCCCCACUACAGUCUGUUUUCUGUAAAAUUACUGAAAGGUUUGAGCUGGUCUUAAAUGCGGGAGGAUUUUUGAAAAUACAGUAUCUUUUGAGUAUACAAGCAAAUUUCCAGGGUUCUGUCUGUAAAGAUAGAGCCUUUCUCGUUUUUUAAUAAAAUCAAUGAAUUGUGGCAUGCAACUGACCAACUGUUUAGAAAUGAUGCUUCUACCUUUAGUUUAGAUACUCAUUCUUUGAACUGCUGUGAUGGUGCACUUAACUGAAAGUGUUCAGUGGAUUCCUCAAACAACAUUUGAGCAGAUUAAUAAUUUCAAUUAUUUCAGUAAGAUAACCCAUAUACUUGAAGUUUAGGCUUGUAUAUGAGUACUUUUCUGAACCUGACUCAUUAUGUAUAGCUCAGUUCUUGUUUAGAAGGGCUAAAUGCCUAAGCAUUUCUUAAGUUUAUCUAGUUAAGAGUAUAUUGAAUCGGCUGUAUGUAAGUGCAUACGUAACCUACGUGUAUACUUGUGUGUGUUACUGACAAGGAUCUAAAAUAGAGUGCAGACACACCACUUGAACCAUUUCUGAUGUUGGAUUUACUUGAGCCGUGCCUUGAUCCUGUGGAAACCUGCAUGAGUAUCUAGUUAAUUGCGAGGUGCAAGCUGUUCUUGAUAAGGUCUGGUUUGUUAGUCAUUUGGAAAACGUAUUUCAAUUUUUGAAAGAACUGGUACAUAAUUCUAUGCCUAAUUUGCAUGCACAGCUGCUGUAACAGUAUAUUUGAAAGCCUGUUAGCUGCGAUAUUAGGCAGGAUGUGCAGUAGAGUCCCUGGUACUCAUGAACAGUCAGGCAGAUCAGGUACACAUUAAUUGCAUGCCUGACUUCAAAAUGACAUCUGUAAAGGGUGCUGGACAUCGUGAUGAUGACUCAGAUUGAUGCAUGUUUUCUAAAAAGCCCUGGACAUCAUUAUUGCAGAGUUAAUUCUUAAGUGCUAAUAAUUUUCCAAUUUUUCUCCUUUAGAUAGCAAAAUCAUAUGGUUUGUUACAUGUUAAGAAGCAAGGUGCCUCAAAAUUUAACAUAAAUAAAAUUUGAAUAGGAAGCGUGAGAAAAUAAAUGGAUACUGUUCUUUUAAUUUUUCUGUUCCACCCAUGAUACAUAUAAACUAAAGUUUCAAUUAGAUCUCUGUUAUUCUUUAGUCAUAUCCGACUCUAUCCCAGUCCUUAAGAACAGGUUUGCAACACACGUUUUCUUUUUUUGAAGUAGUAAAUUUCCUGUGGGGUCUGUUGAAACUCAUAUAGCUAAAACUGCACAGUGUUUUAAAACUUACCUCGUAUUUUGCUUUUUGAUAAUUUUUAAAUUUUUUUAAUACUGAAUUUAGAGAUUUUAUAGUUAAAAAGUGCAUAGUUUCAGCCAAAGCAGUAAAAGCUGCUGGCACGGUAUUUGUAUAUACCUUGGCUUUUAAAACAAUAUUUAAAUUAAAAAAAAAACUUUAAGUGCAUGGGGUAAUACCAGUUGGAUAGCAUACAUAAAGUUAUGCCAAUAAUUUUUAAUAGCUACAUAGAUACUAUAGUAAAGAACUUUUUUCUGUAGUUUUUCAGUUCAGUGUUUAAUGUUUGUGCCAGUUUAAAUCUCUGUGCAUUUCAAAUUUAAUAUGUACGUAUAACUGCUUAACUAUUAAGUCUUUUUAUUUUUAAAGAUUUUUAGGUGUUCAUUUAGCGGUCCAAUUGUGACUAAUGUUGAAUGAAACCUGCAUUUAAUUCAGAAUGCAUAUUACUUAAACUUCUGGCAUGGCAAGGGGAGUAUAAUCUGGUUGAAAUAGUAGGAAAUACGUACUUGGGGAAAAUACAGCUUGCUUAGCUGUUCAGUUAGGAUUUUUUUUCAAUCUCAGUAAAUUUAAAGCUCAUCUAUCAAAGUUUUAGAUAAACUGAGGUGACCUAGAAUUUGAGAUAGUAUGAAUCUAAAGCUUUCUGCCCUUCCCUCCUCCACCUCCAACUUUGCUUGCAGUAUGUAUUGUGUAGAGUCACUGUAGUUCAGUAGCUUACUUAUUUUUGCGUCCAAAGUAGGUAGCACCAGAGGAGUAAAAAAAGCACAGAUUUCAGUUAGCACAUACUUUGUUUUUUCUUUUCUUUUUUUUUUUUUUUUCUUUUACUGAUUUGGUUAUUUGCCAUUUCUGGGGAUUAAACUUUAAAAAAUGUUCUUCUUUUCUGUAUCUGAUGUUCUGUGUGCUAUUAGUGAUGCAGCCAACACGAACGGUUGUCAUGUGUAAAACAACUUUCGAUCACCGUGAAAACACCGCCCUGGGAAAGCGUCCAUGCUUGAUAUCGUUUGGUUCAUGAACAUUAAGUUUCCAGUACAGGUAAAAUACCGGAUGAAGCUAAAGCCCUUUCUCUCUUGGCUCCUGCUCCUGCUAUGACAAGCCUGAUGCCUGGUGCAGGGUUGCUUCCUAUACCUACUCCAACCCCUUUGACUACACUUGGUGUUUCUCUUGGCACUUUGGGGGCUAUACCAGCAGCAGCUUUGGACCCUAACAUUACGGCACUGGGAGAAAUACCACAACCACCAAUUAUGGGGAAUGUGGAUCCAUCCAAAAUUGAUGAAAUCAGGAGAACAGUCUAUGUUGGAAACUUGAAUUCCCAGACUACAACAGCAGAUCAGUUGCUUGAAUUCUUUAAGCAAGUUGGAGAAGUCAAAUUUGUGCGAAUGGCAGGUGAUGAGACACAACCAACACGAUUUGCUUUUGUGGAAUUUGCAGACCAAAACUCUGUACCUCGAGCUCUUGCCUUUAAUGGAGUUAUGUUUGGAGACAGGCCACUGAAAAUAAAUCACUCUAAUAAUGCAAUCGUGAAGCCUCCUGAAAUGACGCCACAAGCUGCUGCCAAGGAACUGGAAGAAGUAAUGAAGAGAGUAAGGGAAGCCCAGUCUUUCAUAUCUGCUGCUAUUGAGCCAGAGUCUGGAAAGAGCAGUGAAAGAAAAGGCGGUCGAUCUCGUUCCCAUUCUCGUUCAGAAUCCAGGUCUAGCUCAAAAUCCCGAUCUAGAAGGAAAAGAUCACACUCAAAACACAGAAGUAGAUCUGGCAACAGAUCACUCUCAAGACACAAGGACAGACGCAGAUCCAGAAGUCCCCUGAAAAAGCGGUCUAGAUCUAGGGAAAGGCGGAAAUCAAGAAGUCGCUCUCGUUCUCGGGACAAGAAAAGAGACAAAGAAAAGGUCAAGGAAAAAGAAAAGGCCAAAGAAAAGGAUAAGGAGAGAGACCGAGACAAGGAUAAGGAGAGAGACCGAGAUAAAGACAGGGAAAGAGAGCGAGAUAAAGAGAAAAACAGGGAGAAGGACAAGGAGAGAGAUAAAGAACGAAACAAAGAUCGAGAGAGAGCCAGAGACAAAGAAAGGGAUAGGGACAGGGAUAAGGAUAAAGACAGGGAAAAGGAGAAAGAUAAGGAGAAGGAAAAAGACAGGGAAGAGGUAGAUCAGAACAAAGAAAAAGAAGAUAUUGAGAAAGAAGGAGACAAGGACAGAGAGAAGAUAAAGGACAAGGAGGGUGAGAAGGAAAAAGAUGGGGAUAAGGAGAAGGAGCGAGAAAAAGAGAGAGAUGAUAAAAAGAAGAAAGAGAAGAGAUCCAGAACACCCCCAAGAAGCUAUAGCUCUUCAAGAAGAUCUCGUAGCUCCAGCAGAGAAAGACGUAAAAGGAAGAGUAGAAGUCCAUCCAAGUCUCCUAAAACAUCCAAAACAGCAAAAAGAAAGUCUUCACGAACUCCUUCUCCAAGAAGAAACAAGAAAGAAAAAAAAAGAGAAAGAGACACAAAUGACAGAAGAGAGAGAGAACGCUCCACCUCCAAGAAAAAAAGUAGUAAAGAAAAAGAGGGAAAGGAGAAGUCUGACAAAAGCACCGCUACUUUGAAGGACAAGGAUCACACUAAAGAGGAUCAGAAUUCUGAAACUGACAAGGAAGUAGACAACAGAGAUACACAAAGGACAGAUGAAGUUAAACUACAGCAGAAUGGGAACUGUCAACCAAAUGAAGAAAACCUCUCAAUUAAAAUGGAAGAGGUUUAAAGCUAAGAAUGGGCUUCUGAUUCAACUAAGAAAUGAAAUCCAAAGCUUUUUAUUUCCUGGAACAAGUAAGAAAAUGUCAAAGCAAUCAACCUGAACAUGUUGAUAGUACUAGUAGCUCUUCCAAUUCUUGUGAUAGCUUUGUUGUCUUCCUUGCUGUAAAGCAAGAGAGUACAGACUAGUAGUUACACCAUGAAAAGGCAGAUGCCAUCAGAACUAUUCAUCUUUGAAAAUCCAUGCAUUUCCAUGAUGGCUGUACCUGUGAGAUGAUUUAUGUCAUGUUUUGCCAUAAGCUGUUACAAAUAAAUAGAAACUGAAAGAUGUAAACCUGUAUUACCCCCAAAAAAGCUGAAGAUUAGCAUUGAAAGUUGUUUUAAAUACUGCUUGUUGAUGAAUUUUGUAUUGUUUUACCUUGUGGGUUAAAAAAAUCCGCAAAAACUUCAAUGUGUACUGUUAGAUGUGCUUGGAAAUUGUGCAUAAAUAUACACUUUUUUUCGUUGUACAUGACAACUGUAGGGAAAGGUUUUAUAGGCAUAAAUGGAGUUUUACGACAUUUCUGUUAAAUACUUACGUAGUAGUAUGGGUUUUUUUUUUGCUUACUGCUUAAGAUUCUUGGGGUUUAUUUAAAAUAAUUUCUUACUAAUAUGCCUACAGUUAAUAUUUCAUUUAACGUAUUUGAACAAUGCAUGCUUCUUUUCUAUUCCUAAAAGGAACAUUUCCAUGUUAUAGGUAAUAGAUUAGCUUACUGGAUUAUUUUGGGGUUGUUCUGUUGUUUUCUUUUGUCCUUGCAGAAGUGAGCACAUCUGUAUGAUGUUACCAGAACUUGCAGCUUGGUUUUGAGCCGUACUGCAGUGUUUGUUCAGCUGCAAAUAGUACAGGUGCCAUUAUGAGAAUAUUUUUUUCUUUUUUUGUUUAAAAAAAAAUAUGGGGAGCACAAGCAGAAGCUUUAGUGCCUUCUUAAAAUGUGGUAUUUUUUAGAAAUGCCUAUGUGCUAAUAUUAAUUUUCAGCUAAAUUUUACAUAAUCUCUCUUGCUAUUUUGCCACCACCAUACUGUAGAAAAGAAUGCAAGUGAUUUGUUAGAACGGUUGUUUGAUUCACUUGUUAAAAUACUAAUGCUCCAAAAGCUCUGUUCUUUUUUAUUUUUACAAGACUUGAUAGAUUAAAGCAAAGAUGCAGUUGGGGACCACCACUGUACAAAAGUAGUAGCUGAGUACAAAGCAUUUGCUGAUCAUCUACGUCAAAGACAGCAUGUUGGAUUUCUAGCUACAUUUGGGUGGCCUUAACGUUACCUCUCCAUCAUCUUCUCUGGUACCUGUUGGGUGAUACAAAAGGAAUUGUAUGCAAAGAAGAGGGGGAUAAGUAAUUUGGGGAAAAAAGUUCUAAUUUACACGGGAGUUCUAUGGUAGAGAUUCUUUUUUCAGUCUUUGGGGAGAAAGCCUGUAGGAAGAGAAUGACAAAGGGAGUAUUUUUGUCAAGGUUAAACAUGGCUUAUUUUCUCAUGUAACUUAAUUGGCUACAUGAGAUUUCUUACUUAGGCCUAAAAUCAAGUAGAUUAUUUUUAAUACAACUUAAUACAAUCAGAUUACUUAAUUGCCUUACCUCAUGGGGAGAGUUAUUUCCUUCAGUAAAAACCACAAAACUUAAUAGCAUGUUAACUAUUUGCUUUCAGUUUGUUUUUAUGUUCUUUUGCGUAGUUAAUUCUGCAAAAAAAACCACACGUAUUACAGGGGAUAAAAAAUAUUGCCCAAUUCCUAAGGUAAUGAAACACAGUCCGAUUGUGAAGCUGCUUAAUCACUCUUCAUUUUCAAUACCUAUUUAACAUUCUUGCCACUGUGUACAUUUAAAUCUAUAGAAAAUGCUUUACCAUGUAAAGUAUAGACAGUCAUUUUUGUGAUGUUAAGCCACAUGCUGUUGGCUGGUGAACAACUUAUUCUGAUAAAAGAAUGACAAAUCUGUAUGCUUACAGGAAGACUGUGAAGGAUUGUGUCUUGCAACAACAGCUGUCUUAUUUAUGAUGUGUAAGUAGUAUAGAGCAAAGACUUUGUUUGUAUACUUGUUAUCUUUGGUACCAUUUCACUAAUAAAAUAUUUUAGAGGGAAGUUUCUGCUGGUACAUACUUAUUAAAGGAGUAUUUUUAGUUGAUCUGGUCUUAUUCACACAGCUUCUUUUUUUAUUUGAAGGGUGGAUACCAGUGAAAAUUUACAUGUAUUAUUUAUGUAUUUGAAAAAGCUGUUUCUUCUUACAAAGGAAUUAGAGCUCUGCCAAUGUAUUAUGUUUCAGCUGGUAUUAGUUUGAUUUCUUGAGUUUUGUUGCCCUGAAAUUCCAUAGCUCUAUUAUUUAUAAGUUACAAAACAUGUAAAGGAUUGUGUACAGUUAGCCAAGAAACAAGCCUUUGGAAAUUAUUAGCCUUACUAGCUAACUUAUAUUUGAAUGAAUUGUUCCCUUACAAUUAUUGUUUUUUAAAGGCAGAAACCCCCCUGAAACAACCAAUCACCUAACACACACAUUUUGUCCCCAUCUUAAGUCAUAUUUUCUUAAAAAUGCUGUAUCUUCUGGGUUUGCUUUGUAAAUACUGUGCAGAUCUGUGAGGUAGUUAUGUUCUGUCUGUUCCUGUUAGGUGUUUUACAGUUCCCAGCUUCCUGAAAAGCCACUACUAGAGAGGUGCUACUCUGCAAAAUGCCUGUCUCUGCAGAGGAUAGCCCAAGUUCAAACCAGUAAUGUAGAACAGUAGUGGAGUUCCUGCUUGCUCCAACAGGGUUGUGUGCUUCCUCCAUUAAAUGUGUCCACUGGAAGUCCACUCCCUUCAUCAUUAACAAGUUUGCAUGCUGAGCUGCCAGGUUUCAACAGUGUGCUUCAUGAUAGCUGUAUUGUUUUGAAUGUAACUUCAUCUGAGUCAGCCUUUAUUUGAAAAUCUUGUGUUUUGUAAUUGCUCAGAAAAGUGGUGAUAUGGUGCCAUUUUGUUAAGACAAUGUAAAUCACAUCUGCAUAACCUUCCAUUAGUGACCACAGUGAUACUACAGCAGUGUUUCUGGGGAGCAUUUGUCUUUGGAUUUUGAAAGGCGGUAGGAGGUGGCAACUGUUGGUGGAUGAAACAAGAUUCUAAGCUCAAAAUAGAGGUGGCUGUGAUUGAGAUAAUUCAUUGUAGUCAAUAGGUUUACACCAGUGUGAGAAGUGGAAUUUUGUUUCCAAAGACUGAUAGUUGCAUGAUACAUGAAUAAUAUUUUUUAUAUUUUGGAAUUGUAAAUAAGAGGGGGAUAAAAGCACUUCAGUUGGAAACUAGAAACAUCUGAAGAAUACCUGAGACACUGGUGAGAUAGAUGUGGAUACUGACUACUCAUCAGUGACCUGCUAAUUUCUUUGGUAACACUCAGAUACAUACAUCUGAACUAGCUUUACAUUAGGUAACUUAACAGGAGCAACCUUUUCACAAGUUGGGUUCUGGAAUCACGAUCACAGAUUUGCCAGAGUUGGAAGUGACCUCUAGAGAUCAUCUAGUCCAACCCCCCACUGCAGCAGGAUCCCCUAGAGCACAUUACUCAGGACAGCAUCCAGGUGGAUUGUUAGUAUUUCCAGAGAAAGGGACUCCACAACCUACCUGGGCAGCCUGUUCCAGUGCUCUGUCACCCUGAUGGUAAGGAAGUUUUAUCUCAUAUUUAAAUGGAGCUUCAUGUGUUCCAGCUUGUGCCUCUUGCCGUUGAAAUGAGCUGUUGCCGCUUCAGUGUUUUUACUCUGCUGCAAAGAAGGCAAAUUUUGAAGUCUGUAGCAUGCUUUGCAUUGCUUGCAAAUGUUCUCUGGCCAUUAAAUCUAAGACAAGACCUGAAA